AUGGCAUCAACUUUGGAAAAGUUUUCUGUGUCCGAUUUUGUGACCAAAGCGGUAGCCAUGCCGUACAAGGGCGGUUUAAAUGGCCGACCAAAAACAACCACCAAAAAAACUCAGCCGGAUGUCUUUGAGUCGGUCUCGCGGAAAGCAGAUGCUAGUACGCAAACUGAGGAGGAGCCGAAUGGCCAAGCGGCGAUAAUGGCGGAGUUGGCCAUUCUGAAAGAAGCUUUGGCGACACAGACGGCGCUAAUGCGCCAUAUGGCCAUGGGGCAAAAAACCAACGAGGUGCGCCGGGUUUGCUACCCGUUGGAGUCGGUCUUGGAGAUCGUAGAUUUGGAGGAGCAGAUUACGCCGGAGAGGAGCAAAGAUUAUACCUCCCAAGUGUCUGCCCUCCUCGGCCAAGCGGCUUUAACUAAGUCGAUAAAAAAAAUAUUCUCCGAAGGUGUCAUUGAGAGCCACAAUUUGGACGGCAAAAACGGGAAGUUGAGCCUUCGGACAUACCCAAAAGUUUUGAAUAUGAUAAUGGAGGCAGUUCGAACGAUACAUCCGGGGCAGCCAGCGGAAGGAGUGCUUCGAAGUGCACUGGCUUGCGCAAAGAAUACGGCCAACAAGGCAAAAAACCGCAAGCUAAGGGAGGAGGCCAAUAUUUGA